GGAUCUGUUUACACUGCAGCGCGCGCAGCUUUGCACUAACUUGGUAGUCUGAGUAACUUUACACUGGCAGAUGGUUCUGCGUUACUUCACUGACAUCUCUCCACCUCCUCCAGGCUGAUGUUUCAUGUCAAAGCCGUGCCAGCCCUCCUGACACGGGCAGGGACGGACAUCCCCUUCAAGCGGUUUGUCCUCUGCAGCUCUGCAAGACUCCGGUCCUCUACGACCUCGGCGACCCGCAAGGAGCCGCGAGACGAUGUCAGCAGCCGGUCGGAGUUUACCGGACAGCCCGGGAGAGGAGGAGGAAGAGACGGGACCAGCAUCUCCGUAGACUUUGGCCAGUCCCGGGGGGCGUAUAAGAGCAAAGACUCGUUAGAGCUGCUCAGAAGUUUGGUGGUUUUCAAACUGUGCUCCUAUGACUUCCUGGUUGAUAAGAACACAGAGAUAAUGGAUCUAGGUAAGAAGAUCCUGGGCCAGAGAGCCUUCGACCAGCUCAUGAAGAUGACGUUUUAUGGCCAGUUUGUCGCCGGUGAGGACCACAUGGCCAUCAGGCCUCUGAUCCAGAAGAACCAGGCCUUCGGCGUCGGCUCCGUCCUGGACUACAGCGUGGAGGAAGACAUCAGCCAGGAGGAGGCCGAGCAGACAGAGAUGGACUCAUGUGUAUCCGCUGCAGAGAAAGAGAAAGAGAGCAUAGGUGAGGACCACAGAGAGAAAAAAUAUGAAGCACACAAACAGUUCGGGGACCGUCGCGGGGGUGUGACUGGAGCCCGCACAUAUUUCUACGCCGAUGAGGCCAAAUGUGACCAGCAUAUGGAGACCUUCAUCAAAUGUAUCAAAGCAUCUGGUGGGAGUUCAAUGGACGGCUUUUCUGCCAUCAAAAUGACGGCUCUAGGACGACCUCAGUUUCUGCUCCAGUUCUCAGAGGUCCUGUUGAAAUGGCGGCGAUUUUUCAACUUCCUGGCAUCACAGCAGGGGAAAGAUAGCGAGGAGGCCUUAGAGCAGAGGCUGGAGCUCAAACAACUGCAGGAAUUCCUGACCAAACUGGGUGCAAAAGGUGACUUUUAUGACUGGUUUUCUGGAAGGAAGGAGGACUCUUCAGGGACCAUCGACAUGCUGGACUGGAACAGCCUAAUAGACGACAGAACAAAGAUAUCGGACCUGCUGGUCGUCCCAAAUGUAGAGCUAGGUGAGCUGGAGCCUCUGCUGGAGACGUUCACUGUAGAGGAGGAGAAACAAAUGAAGAGGAUGUUGCAGCGCAUGGACGUCUUAGCCAAGCAUGCCAUAGAGAAUGGUGUUCGCUUGAUGGUGGACGCGGAGCAAACCUACCUCCAGCCGGCCAUCAGCAGACUGACAUUAGAGAUGCAGAGGAUCUACAACAAAGACAAGCCUGUCAUUUUCAACACCUACCAAUGUUAUCUCAAGGAGGCCUACGACAACGUAACCAUGGAUGUGGAAUUAUCUCGACGGGAGGGUUGGCAUUUCGCUGCCAAGCUUGUGCGUGGAGCCUACAUGUAUCAGGAGCGAGAGAGGGCCAAUGACAUCGGUUAUGAGGACCCUAUUAACCCUGAUUAUGAGACUACCAAUAUAAUGUACCACAGGUGUCUGGACUAUGUGCUGGAUGAGAUUGCGCUCAACAGAAAUGCCAACGUCAUGGUGGCUUCCCAUAAUGAGGACACAGUGAAACACACCUUGUGGAGGUUAUUUUUGUCUCUCUCUUUCUCAUUCAGAAUGAAUGAGCUGGGGCUCGUACCCACAGAGAACAAGGUGUACUUCGGCCAACUCCUGGGCAUGUGUGAUCAGAUCAGCUUCCCACUGGCCCAGGCAGGUUUCCCCGUCUAUAAGUACGUCCCCUACGGGCCGGUGAACGAGGUGAUGCCCUACCUGUCUCGGAGAGCCCAGGAGAACCGAGGCUUCAUGAAGGGUGCCCAGAAGGAGAGGGAUCUGCUGUGGAAGGAGUUGAAACGCCGACUUGCCUCUGGGGAGCUUCUCUACAGACCGGUGUACUGAAAACACAGAAGAAGAGACAAAGAGUGUGUCAACGUGACGAGUUUUUUUAUUUUUCAUCUUCUCUAGUUGACGGCUGCUGCUGUGGCUGUCUGUUCUUCCUCUCCCUCUGUACAGCUCUCCCUGGAUGUACAUCUCCUGCUCUACCCUGUCCUGGAGUUUUCGUGCUGAUGGACUGUUUCGGCGUGUCACUCUCUUUUAUUCCGUCUCCGCACUUGUUAUUUUCCCCCCAUUCUGUUCCUCGCUGUUCACCCCCCCAUCUUUUCUUUUGUGUACUGCCCAUGUCCUCUCGAUUUCUUUACCUUAUCCGCCCCUGCAUCCGUAAGCAUUCCUCAUUUUGUCUUCCCGUUGUCUGUAGAGCUCUGGUAUCCAUCAAGUGGGCAUCUUUACUGCUCCAAAAGGACUCCCUAAAAUGUCAACGAGACCGGGGCGGGCGUCUGUUUUUAUCACCCUAUUCAUCUUUGGAGAGGGAGGGACAACAAUAAUAAAAAUAACAGUCUUGAUUUAAAUGGUAGUAAAGGAAACAUCAAUAUUUGCCUCCUAUAUUAUGAUUUUUUGACUCUCGGACAACCACGCAGUCUCCGGGGGAGGCUUCUCUGCACUGUAUAUUUAUUUGCGUGCUGCGUUUGAGGUUGUAUUGCUUGUUUGAAAAUGAUGCCUGUUUAUGAAUCAAUGAGAAGGUAUAAACUGCUCCUCGCAGCACAUCCCUCUUCUUCUCAGAGUGCAGCGCUUUUGUUAUUGUAUUUACUGGAGGAAGCUAUAUCCUUGGUCACUGAGGUGUUACAAGAGAACAUGCAGCGUUCAGUAUUCAGCGAGUGAAUCUCCUUUUUAUUACAGACGCCUGCGAGUCUGGCAGGUUGUUUUUAUUUUUUUCUUGACACGAGAUAAUAUGCGGGGGAAUAAUAAGUUGCCGUUUGGUCUCAUUGCAGGCUGAUGGAUUAACACUGUUUUUAUCUUUGACAAUGUAAAUACGUUUGAAGCAGGUAAUUCCAAGUGUUGGUUUUACAUGUCUCACUUCAUGGACCUGUGAAAUUGCUCAGUGAAUAAAUAUGCACUGUAUGAAUAGCAAAA